AUGGAGGGUGAGCUAAGGCAUAAGCUGUUGAACAAAGAGAGAAGAGGAGAGGAAGAGGAAGAGGAGUUAUCUUUGGGGAAGAGGGUGUGGAAUGAAAGCAAGUUGAUGUGGGUAGUGGCAGCACCAGCCAUAUGCACCAGGUUCAGCACCUUUGGUCUCAAUGUUAUAACUCAAUCAUUUGUUGGCCAUAUUGGCUCAAGGGAACUCGCUGCUUUUGCUCUCGUUUACACCGUUCUCAUUAGGUUCGCCAAUGGUGUUCUGUUGGGGAUGGCGAGUGCAUUAUCAACACUUUGUGGACAAGCAUUUGGUGCAAAAGAAUAUAGCAUGAUGGGAGUGUACCUUCAAAGAUCAUGGAUAGUUUUGUUCUUAACUGCACUUUGUCUUCUUCCGGUGUUCUUCUUCACAACCCCAAUUUUAACGCUUUUAGGCCAAGAGGAGAGCAUAGCACAAGUGGCAGGAACCAUUUCUGUUUGGUCAAUUCCUAUCAUGUUUGCCUUCAUUGUAUCAUUCACUUGUCAGACAUUCCUGCAAUCUCAGAGCAAGAAUGUCAUCAUUGCAUUCUUGGCAUUUUUUUCGAUAGUCAUUCAUGUGUUUCUCUCCUGGCUUUUGACAAUGAAUUUCAAGUUUGGGCUUCCUGGUGCAAUGAUUUCAACAAUUUUGGCAUACUGGAUUCCCAACGUUGGCCAACUCAUAUUUGUUACAUGUGGUUGGUGCUCUGAUACAUGGAAAGGAUUCUCCUUUUUGGCAUUCAAAGACCUCUGGCCUGUUGUCAAGAUGUCCCUUUCAGCCGGUGCCAUGCUAUGUCUUGAGCUCUGGUACAGCACGAUAUUAAUUCUGUUGACUGGGAACAUGAAAAAUGCGGAGGUGGAAAUUGAUGCUCUAUCCAUAUGUCUCAACAUCAAUGGAUGGGAAAUGAUGAUAGCACUCGGUUUCAUGGCUGCAGCGAGUGUUCGAGUAGCAAAUGAACUUGGAAAGGGAAGUGCCAAAGAUGCAAAGUUUUCAAUAGUUGUGUCUGUACUCACAUCAUUGGCCAUCGGAUUCUUUCUGUUCUUAUUCUUCUUAUUUUUCAGAGAAAGACUUGCUUAUAUAUUUACCUCAGACAAAGAUGUGGCCUAUGCUGUUGGGGAUUUGUCACCUUUGUUAUCAGUCUCUUUGUUACUAAACAGUGUUCAACCUGUACUCUCAGGAGUGGCAAUAGGAGCAGGGUGGCAAAGCAUCGUAGCAUAUGUGAAUUUGGGGUGUUAUUACAUCAUAGGUAUUCCUGUAGGUAUUGUACUUGGUAACAUUUUCCAUAUGCAAGUCAAGGGAAUAUGGAUUGGAAUGUUGUUUGGAACAUUUGUUCAAACAGUAGUGCUAACUAUAAUCACCUACAAAACUGACUGGGAUCAGCAGGUUACCAUUGCUCAGAAGAAUAUUAGCAAAUGGGCGAAGGUGGACAGUGCUGAUCAAGAAAAUGAAACAGAGAGAAAAUACGUUAGCUAA